AUGGCGUGCCCUCUUACAACAGUACUUGCUUUUGUCAUUUUAGAACAAAAUUCUGGUAAAUCAAGUAGAGGGCUUGCAACAAUUUUCAGGCGUUGUUGGCUGGUUUUCAAGAAGGCUUCCAGUAAAGGACCCAGGAGGCUAGAAAAAUUUCCAGAUGAGAAGGCAGCAUAUUUCAGGAAUUUUCACAAGGUAACUGAGCUGCACAAUAUUAAAAACAUAACUAGAUUGCCUCGAGAGACAAAGAAGCAUGCAGUGGCAAUUAUCUUUCAUGAUGAGACGUCAAAGACAUUUGCGUGUGAGUCAGAACUAGAGGCAGAGGAAUGGUGCAAGCAUCUUUGCAUGGAGUGUCUAGGAACCAGGCUCAAUGAUAUAAGUCUUGGGGAACCAGAUUUGCUUGCUGCUGGAGUCCAGCGAGAACAAAAUGAACGAUUCAAUGUAUAUCUUAUGCCUACACCAAAUUUAGAUAUCUAUGGGGAAUGUACAAUGCAGAUCACACACGAAAACAUCUAUCUCUGGGACAUCCACAACGCUAAGGUUAAGCUGGUCAUGUGGCCUUUGAGCUCUUUGAGGAGAUAUGGACGUGACUCAACAUGGUUCACAUUCGAGUCUGGAAGGAUGUGUGACACAGGGGAAGGGCUGUUCACCUUUCAGACACGAGAAGGAGAAAUGAUAUAUCAGAAAGUACAUUCUGCCACACUGGCAAUAGCAGAGCAACAUGAAAGAUUAAUGAUGGAGAUGGAGCAGAAGGCACGGCUCCAGACCAGUCUGUCUGAACCAAUGACAUUAUCCAAGUCAAUCUCACUUCCUCGUAGUGCAUAUUGGCAUCAUAUCACCCGGCAGAACAGCGUUGGAGAAAUCUACAGUUUACAAGGUCACAGCCUCGGCUCGGCGAAGGUGUCCCGGGCGCAGACGUUCCCCAGCUGCCCCUCGGAGCAGGGCGCGGAGCACCAGCAGCCCCUCUCGCUUGCCAGCAGCUACACCUUCAGCUACGGCUCCGGGCCGGGUCCUUGCCACAGCCCACUGGUUCCCACUGGAGUCGCUGAAAUAUCGCCGAUUCAAGGUGCAGCAUCAGCACUGCGGGAGUCACCUUCAGAUCGAAGCGCGUUCACUCAUUACCCUGGAGGUGGUCGGGUGAUUUCUGAGCCAGACGCCACUGAUACUGGCAUAGCAGGCUAA